AUGAUAGCCAUGUUGAACACGACCUCUUCCUCUUCUGAUAACACAGUUAUGACUUACUCUUCGAGAAUUUUCCAACAGACAGCUGAGUCUGAAUGCGGAUCACCUGGCCUUAUGAAUAUACAAAUAUUCAUACUCACAUGGAUGUACUACGGCUAUUCUAGUGUGUUGGCCCAGAACCCUAACGAAAAUUCGUCGGUGAUAGUGGAGAAUGCCGAAACGCCCACAACACAAGCUGCUCCUCAGCCACCGACUCCAAAACAAUCUACAGUCGCGCAGCUUUCGGAGCAGUGGUUGGUUUCGGUUGAAAUCCGCCUCGUGGUGAAUCUUAAAAGCGCAGCGCGUAAUUUGCUGGAGAAAACUGGUGAUUCACCGCAAAGACUGUCUUUCAAUUUCAGCAAACAUGGUGUCUGUAUAGUGACACCAGACGAACAGUUCAAAGUCGUCAUCUACGGCAAUCAUCUGGACAAGAUUGCCCAGCUGGUUUUCACACCAACGAACAACUGCUCCGAUGGAAGGCAUGUCGUGGACGCCACCAACGAUUUCAUCGUACAUUUCACUCAUAAGGUCAGCAUCACUGUAACCAAAUACGACUACAUCAACAGCUCAUUAUUGGCUACAUUCCACCUAAUACUGCCGAUGCUUCCAGAAAGUAUACAUGCUUACAAAAUGUGCGUGAAACCAAAGGGUGCGCUGCCUGGCAUGGAACUCAGUCCGCUGGACGACAUUUCAACAUGGAUCACUACUGAGAAACCUCCAAAGGAAUACUUCCUACCGUUACCAGUUCAG